CAGAAAAACUAGAGCAGCCCCCACUGGACAAGCAGGAUGAAGUACCUUGCAGUUCUCUUCACCAUUGUUGCUCUCUCCGAAUGUCUUGUUAAGAUUCCCUUGCAGAGAGGGACAAAAGUAAGAGACACUCUCAAGAAGAAAAAUCUGCUGGAAGAUCUUCUUCAGAAACACCGUUAUGACAUUGGUACAAAAUACAACUCAGCUUUUUCUAAGGCUGCCCUGGUGGCUGAAGAACCACUUCUGAACUCCUUGGAUACUGAAUACUAUGGAACAAUCUACAUUGGAACCCCACCACAGAAGUUCACUGUUGUGUUUGACACUGGAUCAUCCAAUCUCUGGGUACCCUCUGUCUAUUGCAGUAGUCCAGCAUGCCAAAAGCACCAGAGGUUUAACCCAUCUCAGUCUUCUACUUUUCAAAGCACUCGACAGACCAUAUCCAUUCAGUAUGGGACAGGAAGCAUGCAAGGGUACUUGGGAUAUGAUACAGUGAAGGUAUCCGGUCUUGCCGUUUCAGAUCAGCCAUUUGGCUUGAGCAGCAGUGAGCCAGGCAUCAUAUUUGUCUAUUCUCAGUUUGAUGGGAUCCUGGGCUUAGGCUACCCAAACAUUGCUGUUGAUGGUGCGACUCCGGUCUUUGAUAACAUGGUGGAACAAGGCUUAGUUCAGCAAAACCUGUUUUCUGUUUAUCUCAGCCGGUAAAUAGUAAAAACAAGUGGGAGCAUGGUCAUUUUUGGUGGAGUUGAUCACUCUUACUUUACUGGUCCUAUUAACUGGAUUCCUGUCACUCAGCAAGGUUAUUGGCAGAUUGCAGUGGACAGCAUUCUAGUGAAUGGUCAGACAGUCGCCUGCAGUGGUGGCUGUCAAGCAAUUGUUGACACGGGGACGUCCCUCGUGGCUGGUCCGGCAUAUGAAAUUAGCAAAAUCCAAAAUGCCAUUGGAGCUACCGCAGCACAGUAUGGCGAGUAUAAAAUCAACUGCGGUAACCUCCCCAAUAUGCCUAAUGUUGUUUUUGUAAUCAAUGGAAUCCAGUAUCCUCUCACCCCUUCAGCCUAUACUAAUCAGAUAAUGCAAGCAGAAUGCACUAGCGGUUUCCAAAACACAGCUGGGGACCUCUGGAUCCUAGGAGAUGUGUUCAUCAGGGAAUAUUACAGUAUUUUUGACCGGGAGAACAACCGAGUUGGACUGGCAAAGGCAGUCUAGAAUAACUGUGCUUUUAAACAACAGCAUGGGCUGUAAUUGCUCAUCUAAUCAACUUACUCAGAUUGCAUCUUAACUUCAUAGCUAUUUAUUUGAGCAAAUAGCAGCGACUCCAGCUAUGUACUUUUAAAAGUAAUAUCUAUCUAAUGUCUUUAAAGAACCUGCAAAUGAUAGCACUGUUAUGCCAU